ACAAACGCAAACGUCACUUUUUGACAAGGGUUUCGCCAAAACGAAUUUCAGGGCUAUUUGCCUUGAAAUCUCACGUUCGAAGCCUUUGUUGUACGCCGACAUGAAGUCGAACGGCUUUUAGAACAGUUUCGGCGAAUAUAUACCUAGAUAUUAUGAUUUCAAAAGAGAGAAAAUAAAAUAGUUAUGACAGAAAUGUCGCCAUCAGAGAGACGUUUGCAAAAAGAGUUAAUGUCUCUUAUAAAAGAUCCACCGCCGGGGGUUUCGGUAGAUGCUGAUCAAGCUGGACAAAAUUUGUUGCAAUGGAUUAUUCGUAUGGAGGGAGCCACAGGUACUUUAUAUGAGGGCGAGAGUUUCCAGUUGCAAUUUAAGUUCAGUUACAAGUACCCAUUUGAUUCGCCUGAAGUUAUUUUUGUGGGUAACAACAUUCCCGUGCACCCUCAUGUGUACAGUAACGGCCACAUAUGCCUAUCAAUUUUGACUGACGAUUGGUCCCCUGCGCUUAGUGUUCAGUCAGUAUGCCUUUCAAUUAUAUCUAUGCUCAGUAGCUGCAAAGAGAAGCAAAGGCCGCCAGAUAAUGCCUUUUAUGUUAAAACUUGUAAUAAAAAUCCAAAGAAAACCAAAUGGUGGUAUCAUGAUGAUUCAGUCUAGUUCAUUCGGAGAUCAAAAUUUAAAGUACUUUCAUUUAUUUUUGCUCUUAGUUCUUUAUGUUAUUAUAUUUUAUAAAAUUAAUAUUAUAUUGGAUUGGAUAAUUAAAUCAGUUAUAAUGAUGUCUGUA